UAGAACCGAAAAGAUCCAACGUAAAACAUUCAGAAUCCGUUUUGUGGUAUAGAUAUUCGCAGUUUCUCUCGUAAUUCGUGAACAUAUUGACGAUAAGAAAGUGCCCAUCAACAUCCACAGCCCAAAGAUGCUGACCAAAUACUGUCGUAUUUGCUUAACUAGCGCCGGUGUUGUUCAUCAACUGGACGAAGUAGUGCAUAACUCCCUGACUCUUUAUGCAAUUCUGGGCAAAAUGUAUCCCGAAGCAUUUACUGAGAAUAACGACGCGCACUGGCCAACGAAAGUUUGCGGAAUUUGUAAGCAAGCGGUGUUAGAUGCGUACGGGCUGUACGUAGUUUGCAUGUCUACCCUCAAUGCAUUGAAGAAACAUCUGCAGAAUAUUCCGAUUAGACCGAUGCAAUUAACAGCUGAAAUUGGCGUGCCUGAGAACAGUGUUCUCUUGUCUGACCAAGAUGGAAUAGAUUUCAAAAAUUCUGUUAUAAUCAUAGACGAUGAAGAAGACGACAUGCAUUGCAUAAAGAGUGAGGUGGAAAAGAAAAACAAUGAAAAAGAUCAUGACGGUCGAAAAAGAUUGUUACGGAGCGGGAAUCAAACAAUUACCCAUGAAUCGUUUGAAAAUACAUCGUUACCAUUACAGCCACAAAAUGCAGAAUCAUCAAGAAAUGAGUGUAGAGCAGGAACAUGGAAAAUUGCCGAAAUUGUAGAACGGUCGAAUAAAGCAGCUACUCAAAUCGAUCAGGAGCAAGCGGAAGAUUCGGAGGAUAGUAUGGAGUAUUUGCAAAAUGUUGAAAGUAGCUUGCAUGCUUCCGAUAAUGAUGAUAUUCAAGAUGAAAACAGAAUGGUUGACAAAGCGAUAACAGAUCAAACAGUAUCUGGCACCAUAAUAGAUUCUGAGCGCAUGAAAAAUGAUUCCGAUGAAUCAGAAGACGAAGAUAUUUUUGCAGAAAUGUUUUCUUCGCAGAUAUUCAGUUGUAAGUAUUGUCGAGACGUGUUUCUAGACAAAGAAUCACAUGCGAAGCACAUGAAAAAUCACGUUGAAGGAUAUGAAAAGUUUUGCAAAAUGUGUGAUGAAGGUUUCAAAACCAAAAUUGCUCUUUAUGCUCAUAAAUGUUACUCUAAUUCUUCGUUUCUUUGCUGGAUAUGUGGCAUGACAAUGGCCACGAAAAAUCAACAUAAGAGACAUAUGAUAUCUCAUAAGCCAGAAGAAAUGUGGGGUUGUCCAGUAUGUCCUUCACGAUUCACUUCUUUGCAUGCAAUGAAAGCCCAUUUAGUUACGCACAAAAAGCAUAAAUUAUUUUCCUGUGAUGUAUGCGGAAUGAACUUAUCAUCAAAGCGUAAUUUGGAAUACCAUCAACAAGCGGUUCACGGAGGUGGCUUAGAGAAAGUGUAUAAUUGCAACAUUUGCGAUCGCAGAUUUUCUCUCCCUUAUAUGCUUAAGACGCACAUGAAGACCCAUACGGGACUGAGACCAUAUAAAUGCGUAUAUUGCAACCGAGUUUAUCGUAAUGGCAGUGAUUUGGUAGAGCACGUCGCCAAGCACCACGUUGGUAACGACAAUAUCUAUCUGUGCCAUCUUUGUGAUGCAGAUUUCUCGAAAGUAAGAGAACUUAAAGCCCAUUACGAGGUACAUUCCCGAAAGGGUGAGAAGUUCUACAACGAAAUCCUCACAGACUUUGGAAAGUUUCGGUUUACCACCAUGGAUCUAUUGAAAAUGCGACAUCACAAAGAAACGGUAAAAUCAGCUAGCAUAGUGUAGCGCCAACCGUAGUAGUUUACAGUAUAGCCAUGCUAAUUUAUCAGCUGAAUCAGUAAAACCAAAAACACAAUUUCAGACGUACACGUACAAAAUCAAAAAUCAUAAAGCUCGCCAAUCAACUAAUAUUACGAGGGAGAAUGGUGUAAUGGUUUCAUUGAAUGAAUCAACACAAGACAAGCAAAAACAUAA